AUGCAAUUCACCAAGACUUUAAUCGCUGCUACUGCUUUGUUCGCCACUGCUCAAGCCACCAACAACAGCACCAUCUCUUCUAACUCUUCCUACAACGGUUCUGCUAACGCUGCUGGCUCCGUCAAGGUCUCUUCUUCUAUCUUGGGUGCCGCUGCUGCCGUUGUCGGUUUCGCUUUGUUGUACUAA